AUAUCGCCGGGAAAACGACUCCAGACAACAUGCCCUUAGAAGGGACGGAGGAGACGAAGGUGAUACAAUUCCGGUGCACAGAUGGAGGAGGAGGGUUCGAGUGUGCCAAGCUUGUGAACAGCCGGUGCGACACAGAGAAGCAGUUAUGUGUUUGUCCAGUGUCGUAUCCCAUAUUGGACCUGGAGAACUCGUACUGCGUCAAAGAGGCCAAGCUGAACACAACAUGUCAGUUCACGAGUCAGUGUAUCGAGGCCGACGAGUUCAGCUUCUGCCAGGCCUCCAUCUGUGUGUGUGGCGAAGGCUACAACUUCGAAGAAUACCCCAACAUCGGCUUCAUCUGCGCCACCAAAGAGAGAAAUCCUGGUCCCGGGGCCUUGGAUCCUGCCAUGAUUGGUGUCUUGGCAGGCUUGGCGCUCAUGUUCAUCAUCAUCUGCGUCGUCCUGCGCCUCUUCUCCAAGGCCCGCUUCCGCGAGAACCGAUCCAUCUUCAACACCCCCAACCCCCGCCUGAUGAACGCCUCAUUGUUCAAAGACAGUAAGUUGCUGAGCCCUGCCCGCGGGGACCGUCGGGGGUCAAGGGCCAGCGUUCGCGUCCCUUCAAGGGCCCCUUCCGUCACCUCCGUCAACGCCGCCGCCCGUUCUCCCAAUGGCUCUCUGGCCAAAGUCGACGUUUCAGGCGGAAGGCGUGGCAGUGCAAUGUCGGCCGUGUCUGCCACUGGAUCUGCCGCAGCCGCGCCCGGAGGUCAGGCUGCAAUCAAGACCCCAAGUCCUGGCAAGGACCCAAAGAAGAAGUCCGAGACCACUGUCGCCAUCGAGACCGUCGACUAGAGGGUUAUAAGAUCUGGUCUCCAGCCAGAGGGACAUGCCCUAAUGCCUUCAACACCAAGCGGACGAACGUCUUCAGUAAUGGAGCAGAGAGAGUCCUCAAAAAAAUUAUCAGUGACGUUCUAAAAGGCGUCAUUUAUAAAGGCUUGGCAUUCUCAAGGGCAGCAGCAGCAUCAACUAA